AUGCCUCCGCGCGGAAAACUCGGCUGGCUUCGACCUUACUCCCAUCCUCACUCACUACUUCUUCCUGCUCACCAGCAUACUAUCCAUAGUUGCAUGGUUCAUUGCGUUCAUUUCCCAAGCUGUAGCAACAGCCCAAUUCGGGCAUGGUUCUCCUUCCUCAUUCUUGGCGUCUUCUGGACGCUCGCAACUGACUCCAUUGCGAUGCAUCGUUUCCAAAUAUCAACCUUUGGCGCUGUAGCAAUUGUCUUCUCCGUAGAGGGUGUUAACGCCGGUAUCUUCUCUGGCCGGGGCUCCCUCGAUGCGAUGGCCGCUGGUUGGCUCAUUCUCGCCAUGGUCAACAUCGUCUGGGUACUCUACUUCACAUCUGAAGAGGAUUCAUUGGCGCUUCACAUAUUCAACCUGCUCGGCACUGGUGGCUUAACGCCGCCGUCGAGGAGAAGACGGACAAGGGCAGCGUCGACACACGACAUGGGCGGCAAUGGCUAUGCAGGCAAUUAUGGAACAGGCGGUGGAAUUGGCUCUGACAUGGGCUAUGACUCCAAGAUGGGCGGUAUGGGUGGUGGGAUCGGGAGCGGAAUUGGUGGCGGGAGCCAAACGAUGGGCGUGCGAAGCCAAAAUAGUUUCGGAGGAGCAAGCGAAGGUGGUGGAAUGGGCAAUAGAAGCCUGGGCACUGGUACUGGUGGAGGUGGCAGCCUGAGCAAUCUCCCUGUUGGUGGUGGUGGACCCGGUUCGAUAGGAGGGGGCGACAAUGGGCCGAGUUCACCAUUGAUGUCUGGGUCAACCACGACACCCCCAAGGCUCUGUACUCAUGCAAGUAUCCUCAAUUGCUGGCGUUACUACUUUACUUACCCAUCAACGCCAGAUACCGCUGCUGCUGACGACCCGAAUGAAGUUUCCUUUACGAAGGGUGAAAUACUUGACAUUCUUGAUAAGCAGGGAAAAUGGUGGCAGGCAAAGAAAGCAGACGGCUCGGUUGGAAUUGCUCCUUCGAACUACCUACAGCUUAUUUAG